GCAGACGCGGUGCCGUGCGCGGUUCUGAGACAUCCGGCCGGUGCAGCUGGAACUGCAGAAUCUGUAGGAGUCACUUCUCCUGUGACCAACAAAUGGCGUCGUCUGGGAUGGCUUCUGGCCGCAGGUGGAAUCGCCACGCUUCCGACAUUCGUCAGCACUUCCGAAUCAAUCGCCCUUUCGGAAGCCUCAUCAGAGGAAAGUAGUGCGGGGAAGUCUGAUGCCGGAGGACCAGAUGGGUCGUUCAAACCGCAGAUCGUCUUCGUCCUUGGUGGUCCUGGGAGUGGCAAGGGAACUCAAUGCGCGAAGAUUGUCGAGGAAUACGGAUUCACCCAUCUGAGCGCUGGCGAUCUUUUACGUGCUGAGAUCAAGUCUGGAUCUUCUCACGGAAACAUGAUUCAGAACAUGAUUAAGGAUGGGAAGAUUGUUCCAGCCGAGGUCACUGUCGGUCUUCUUCAGAAAGCAAUGAAGGAGAGUGGGAAUAAUAAGUUCCUCAUCGAUGGGUUUCCUCGGAACAACGAUAACAGGACAGUCUUUGAAAAUCAGACUGGCAUCGAUCCUGAGUUCAUUCUCUUCUUUGAUUGCCCUGAGGACGUGAUGGUCAAGCGUCUUCUUGGAAGAAACCAGGGACGAAUUGACGAUAACAUGGAUACGAUUAAGAAGAGAUUUCGGGUUUUCUUGGACCAGAGUAUUCCAGUUGUGAACCAUUAUGACUUGCGUGGCAAAGUGCGAAAGGUUGAUGCCACCCGUUCCCCCGACGAAGUGUUCCAAGCAGUUUCCCCUCUUUUUACCAAGUUUCGUGAGGGUGAUUUGCUUGAUAACACGAAGGCCUUGCUGAAUGCCAUUGACACCGGGGAUUACAAAACGUACUCCAACCUCUCAGACGAACACCUUUCUGCCUUUGAGCCUGAAGCACAAGGUGGCUUGGUCAAGGGCCUGGAGUUCCACAAAUACUAUUUUGAUCGCAGCACAGGGAAUGGCUCUGGCAAGUCGUCUGCUCCUUCGGUGGCUUUGACAAGGUCUUGCACAACACUCUCCUGGUCCUUCCGGGGUUUCUAUGAGAAGGUGCGCUUCUCCACCAUGACAGGGCCAGUAGGCGCUACUGGAGUACGAGAAACACGUAGGCGUGGACCCCAUGCUGGAAGGCACUCUCGCCAUCCGUCUCUCUCACCCCCUUGCACCCUCUUUCACCCACUUGCACUCCCGUUCACCACUCUCUCACCCCUGCAAUCCCAGGCGCUACUGGAGUACGAGAAGCACGUGGGCGUGGACCCCAUGCUGGAGGGCACGCUAGCCAUCACCUGCUCUCACCCCUUUGCACCACCUUGCAACCCCCUUAGGCUCUGCUGGAGUACGAGAAGCACGUGGGCGUGGACCCCAUGCUGGAAGGCACUCUAUAAACAUCACCCCCUCUCACCCACUUGCACCCUCUUUCACCCACUUGCACCUCCGUUCACCCCGUCUAUCCCAGGCGCUACUGGAGUACGAGAAGCACGUAGGCGUGGACCCCAUGCUGGAAGGCACUCUCGCCAUCACCCCACGCACGGACGGCAAGCAUCACCCGGAGGUGGGUGGGAUGUGGGGGUGCGGGGGUGUGGGGGUGCGGGGGUGUGCGGCUGCGGGGGUGUGGGGGUGCGGGGGUGUGCGGCUGCGGGGGUGUGGGGGUGCGGGGGUGUGCGGCUGCGGGGGUGUGGGGGUGCGGGGGUGCAGGGGUGUGGGGGUGCAGGGGUGUGGGGGUGCGGGGGUGCAGGGGUGUGGGGGUGCGGGGGUGCAGGGGUGUGGGGGUGCAGGGGUGUGGGGGUGCGGGGGUGCAGGGGUGUGGGGGUGCGGGGGUGUGGGGGUGCGGGGGUGCAGGGGUGUGGGGGUGCGGGGGUGCAGGGGUGUGGGGGUGCGGGGGUGCAGGGGUGUGGGGGGGUGUGGGGGGUUCCGUUGCUGGAGGGCACUCUAGCCAUCACCCCACGCACUGACGGCAAGCACCACCCGGAGGUGGGUGGGGUGUGGGGUGGUGGCACGGGGUAG